CAAGGCUUCUCCUUUUCCAUAUUUGAGUGUCUAAGGAGGCUAACAUUGGCCAAUGGCAUCUUCUUCCAGAUUGUGAUCCACCUUUUUCUGUUCUCUUCUGUUUCGAUUCAUCAUUUCUAUGAAAUAUAGCAAUGAACAGCUUUCGCUUACCAGAUAAUGGUGCAUCUACGUCUGCUAAAGUAAGACUGGUUUUAACAAGACUAUCAUCUAGUUGGUAUUUGGGGUUAUAUUUAUUAUCUUUGGUUAUUAUAUUAUGGGUUGCUUCAUCUUUCUUAGUUAACAAAAUAUUUGCUGACGAUUUAUACAGAAAACCUUUUUUGAUUACUUAUAUUAAUACUGGUGUUUUUAUUUUCUAUCUUUUGCCAAUAUUGUUCAAUAGAAAUGGAGAUAGAUCAAUUUCGUCAGUGAUUAAUAAAAAAAAACAAUUGCCAUUGAAUGAAACAUUGAAACUAAGUAUGAAUUUUUGUAUUCUAUGGUUUUUGGCAAAUUUAACUAUGAAUGCUUCGUUAUCUUACACUUCAGUGGCUUCACAAACUAUUUUAACGUCAACUUCAUCUUUUUUUACAUUACUAAUGGGCUAUGUUUCCAGAUUAGAGACAGUUAACAGCACUAAAGUACUUGCAUUAAUUUUAUCAUUUACUUGUAUAAUAAUUGUGACCAAAGUUGAUAGUGAAACAGAAGAGGAUGAUAUUUCAAUUAAAAAUAAUGUUUCAUAUAAGAGUGUAUUUGGUGAUUUUUUAGCAUUAAUAUCAACUUUUAUUUACAGUAUUUAUACAAUAUUAUUGAAAAAAAAAGUGAAAGUUGAAAGUAAAUUAAAUAUGAAACUAUUUUUGGGUUUUGUUGGAUUUUUCAAUUUAAUUUUAUUAUGGCCUUCGAUUUUAAUAUUGAAUUAUUUUAAUUUAGAAAAAUUUGAAAUGCCAUCCAAUUUAUUUAUUUGGAAAAUUUUAAUCGUUAAUUGCUUUAUAUCAUUUAUCGCUGAUUUUUGUUGGGCAAAGGCAAUAUUACUAACGAGUCCAUUAACAGUGACUGUUGGAUUAACAUUAACUAUUCCAUUGGCAGUAAUUGGGGAUGUCAUAUUCAAUGAUAAAAAGAUUAGUUUUAUUUAUGGAUUAUGUGCAGUUUUAAUAUGUGUUGCGUUUAUAAUUAUUAAUCAAAGUGAAUCUGAUGAAGAACAAAUUAUCGAGAGUGGUGAGGAAACUGAACAAUUAAUAUAAUUAAAGAUGGGAGAAAAUCAAAAAAGAAGGAGAAAACAAAUUUUAAAACUUAAAAAUUAGAAAUUAUACAGGGAUAAUAAUUGAAAUAAAAAAUAAAAUAGU